AUGGCACCUUGCCCUUUUAAGAGCUUUAGCAGAGAACAUGCAGAGCUUCUGAGUUCGGUCAGAGAUGAUAUUAAUGAGUAUAAGACAUCAGGGAGUAUGUCACCAAGAAUGCAAUUACUGAGAGAAAGAGCUGCCAUCCACGGAAGCAUUACUCAUAUAGAUGAUGUGAUUAAUCAAGCUCAAACGACAAGAGCAGUGUUGGGCUCUCAAAGAGCUUUGUUUGGAGAUGUUCAAGGGAAAGUUAAAGUUCUAGGUGACAAGUUCCCUGUUAUCCGUGGUUCGCUCGGUUCCAUCAGAAGGAGGCGUUCGAGGGACACUCUUAUUCUGUCAGCAGUAAUAGCUGCGUGUACGUUGUUCCUUAUCAUCUAUUGGCUAUCAAAGUAGUAG